AUGGCCUUCAACUUUAUUCUCAGCUUCACCAUUUCCCUCGUUUUGGCAUUAGAAGAAGAUUGCGGGAAGUGUGAUCUUCGUUCAUCUUGGUGUCGAACGUGGACAAAUGGGACGACGAGUUGCGAGUGUAGACAGGGAUUUAAACUCGAUGGAGAAGGGCACUGUUUAUUGUCGAAAGAGUUGCAAGAAGGUGGAGGAUUGGAAAGUCUCGGAAAAGAGUCCACUGAGGAUUGUGAAUUGGGACAAGCCGAGAAAAUGGCUACCAGAAUUCUUACUGAUAUCCUCGCGAAAUACGAUAAGAAUAUGGUGCCGAAGAUGAGAGGAGUUGAUGUGGAUGUGGAGUUGCUGAUACAAAGAGUUUCACAGAUUGACGAGAUUCAGAGUUCUUCAACGAUGCACAUUCUCUUCUCACAGAUUUGGCAUGAUCCGGCACUGUCGUUUGAGCAUGAAGAAGGAGCUCACUGCUUGACGAAUCUCUCACUUUCACAUCGAAUGGUUGACAGUAUUUGGCUUCCAAAUGUCUGCAUUGUCAAUAGUAAAGAUUCGAAAAUUCACAAUUCUCCGACUCCAAACAUAUUCUUAGCCAUUUUCCCUAAUGGAACCGUUUGGAUGAACUAUCGGAUAGUUGUCGAAUCUCCGUGUGAGAUGGAUUUUGCCACUUUUCCCAUGGAUCGAGUAAUUUGCCAAACGAUUUUCGAGAGCUAUUCUUUCAAUGUCGGCAAGGUUCGUUUACAUUGGAAACGUCAUGGAGAUCCGGUGGAUUUUAUCGAAAAAGUUCAAUUGCCCGACUUUCACAUGACGACUUUUAUCCAUGAGAAAGUCACCUAUCAAUAUCCGGCUGGCGUUUGGGAUCAGCUAAACAUCAAGAUGAUGUUCCGUCGUUCGUAUGAAUUCUAUAUCAUCCAAGUCUAUCUUCCCACAUAUUGUAUGGUUCUCAUCUCGUGGAUCUCCUUUUGGCUGGAUAGGAGGUUGAAAUCUUUACCGGCUCGGGUGACCCUUGGCGUCUCGUCGAUGAUGGCGUUGACUUUACAGUAUGCAAAUAUCUCGAAGAGCUUGCCGAAAAUCUCCUACAUUAAAGGCCUUGAUUAUUUCACUUUCGGGUGUAUGGGUUUCAUCUUUUUGUCUAUCGUUGAGUUGGCUCUCGUUGGAUGGUUGGAGAAUCGAAGAGAGCAAAUGAGCGAAGAGUUUCUCUCCGAGGAGGAGCUGAGGAAAAAUGUCGCUCAACGAACUUUUUCCAUCAAGUCGAUGCGAUCUGGAUAUGGUCGUUCGCUGCGACCAACAUUCACCGAAUCGAACUGCGCCUCGCCCGAUGAGGGAGCCUGGCAAAAACAGACGUAUGUGGGUGGACAAGAGCCCCGACCACCCGAGAGCACAGCUGAGGCUGAGAAAGAAUCAGAAAACAAUCAGAUGUUAGUCUUUGUGAGAAAUGCGCGCGGGUCGAGGAAACGCCGGAAAAAGCUGGUCGCCGCGAAAUUAUUCACCAAGUGGACAGGAGAAGAUAUGGAUAGAUUCUGUCAAAAGCUCUUCCCGAUCACGUUCACUUUCAUGAAUCUCAUCUAUUGGAUGUACUAUACAGCAAAAGCUAAAGAU